CUUGCUGGAAGUUGGACAGCAGAAUAUGACUCACCAAAUGCAGGAGGUAGAAGCAAGAACGGAGUUGCAGCAUUUCAGGCAACAGCUAAAUGCCCGAAUCCUUCAAACCACAGAGCUUUCAGAGAGGGUAAUGCAGCUGGAGAGAGAAGCCACCUCACAGGUGGCCGAGGUUGACAGACAUCGCAGCAACGCCCAGAGACUUGAAGAACAGCUACGAGACGCACGUGGCCUCCUUCAAUCACGUGACAAAAAUAUCGAUUCAUUGCGAGAGCAAGUCAGUCAGCUCGAGACUGCUGUCGACGGCGCGCGAGGUCAUCAUAGAGACAUCCAGGCUCUGCUUCACACGAAGAAUGAAGAACUCUGUCAGUGUCAAAGAGAUGCUGAGGAAACUACACAGAGGGUACUGCAGCUGGAGAGAGAAGCCACCUCACAGCUGGCCGAGGUUGACAGACAUCGCAGCAACGUCCAGAGACUUGAAGAACAGCUACGAGACGCACGUGGCCUCCUUCAAUCACGUGACGAAAACAUCGCAGCAUUGCGAGAGCAAGUCAGUCAGCUCGAGACUGCUGUCGAUGGCGCGCGCCUUCAUCAUAGAGACCUUGAGGCUCUGCUUAACACGAGGAAUGAAGAACUUUUUCAGUGUCGAAGAGAAGCUGAGGAAACUACACAUAGAAUGCGUCAGCUGGAGCAUGAAUUAAGAAAUCAGAGCUGGUUUCGUUUGGAUUUCUGUUGUGUUUUAGGUUUUCUACUCUGUUUAAUUUUAUUAUUCAUAUUCUCCUGGGCUUCCCUACCAGCGCUGAGUUGAAAAUAACUUCAUUUGAGCGCAGAGACUCGAGCAUUCCCAGGUGUGAGAGGGAAGGAAAAAAAGGAAAAAUUUGUGCUUAAGUGUUUUCUUUUAAAUUAUAGACAGUGUUAGUAAUUUGACGUGCGUAUAUGUAACUUAAAUGGCUAAAAUAAAGUGUGACUGCGAGUGUAAGUGGGUGUGGUCGUAGCUUUACGAUCGCCAUCAUGUGUCACCCUGUUUACCUGUGCUACCUUCAAGAAUGGCACGGCUGACUGGCGACACACCUUAGCCACCAACACCCUGACAACUGACUUUCAUAUCUUGAGGCACCAGAGGAAGGGAAGGGAGCAGACCUGAUAGAAUGUCAAAGUAUUAAACACCAGAUGAGAGUGUCCUCUUCAUACAGGACCAUCCUCACUAACUCCUCAUCACAUGAGAAUGUCAUCCAUCAAACAAAUGAGAGUGUCAUCCAUCAAACAAAUGAGAGUGUCAUCUAUCAAGCAAACCCCUCCUUACCCAAUGCCUACCCCACUGCAAGAUACUACCGUCUGGCUGAAGAAGUCCUUUAUUUACACCUCGAUAUUGCUAAGUAAACUUCUUAAUUCAUGCAUACUAUUCAUUGAUAUACUGCUUUAGUCUAAUCCUUGAAAUUUGAUGGUUAGCUCCAUCAUUAGGUGUUAGACGAGUCCUGUCUUUAGACAAUAUAACAUUUACAAUUAAAUGAUUGUUAAAGUAGAAAGUUUAUCUUUAGUCAAUGGCUCCAAUAUAAGCCCCAUUGUACCAUGUCACCGUGUAUACCGUGAUAUAACACUAUCUGUUUACUCUUUGUGUAAUCCCUUUUAGUCUUUAUCUCUGUUAUCACAUUGAUGCCUUGCACAUUAAUUUUUUUUCUCUCGAGCUGCUUCUAUCUGUUGUAAUUUGACAGUAGCCGGUGUAACCGAUAAUUUAUUGAUACAAAGUGACCUCCCUUCAGCUUGCGAGUAAUUUCAAUCGAAUUUCAAGUUUUCAAAUGCUUCUUAAGCUGCAGAUAUAAUUUCACACAUAAAUUACACGAAAUUAAAGGUGUUCAUGAUUACCGUUGUCUGAGGAUUCUUAACAUUUUUGAAGCAUGCCAACUAGAUUAGCUAAUAAAAUGAGUGUAAAAGCAUCUGGUAUAAAUAAAACAUCAUGCCUCUCCUUUCUAGCUGAUAGAUUCACACAUAUGUUAAUAACAAAAUAGUUUGAAUAAACUGAUACAAUAUGACAAAAGCAAAACCAUAGAUAAAAUUUACAAAAAAUGGCAAUGUCCGAGUCAGGGAAUUUUAGAAAUAAAAACAGAGAUUAGAUUCUUCCACUGUCUCUCUCUAUAUAUAUAUAGUUAUGGACAGGACUGUGCAUACCAGGAUAUUGUUCUCUCUGAUAAUAAACAAAGCAGACAGUGUUUAGUUUUGUAUUUGUUGUGACUAGCACUGGAUCGUCUAAGCCAGGGGUAGGAAACGUCCGGAGAGCAUUUUAUUAAGGUUGCCAUGGUAUCACAGAUUACAGUAAAUAUAUGAGCAUUUUUCAUCACAACUUCCAUUUGUGUUCUCACCAGUUUGUUACCAUGUCUGAUUUACUGAAUACAAGUUCUCACUGCCACCCGACCUGAUACUUAGAUAGAAAAUAAUGUACCAGUUGUUUGCAGUCGCUCAUGGUUUAGAUGCAUUUAAUCCGAAAAUAUAGUUGGUAGAGGCAUUUGUUUACAUUUUAUGAGAAUAACACUUGCUUUUGUGUUUUGUCACCACUGGAUUUUAUACUUAUAUUGAUAUAUGCUUGUUGUGAUGUGCCUGUAUGCAUAAUGAUUGAAGAGACAAAUGUGGUGAUAGUUGAAUAUUGUAUACUAGUAGUAUAUAGUUACAUGUAGAAAUAUUAAUGCUGGGCAUAGAGACAAUGUCAAAAACUGGUGUUAUUGUUUUAUAAAGGUUUGCACAUUGAAAUACAUAUUUAUUAACCCUAUUCAGGAAAUUUUUGGUGUCCGUUGGAUAUUAUCAUGCUUCUAUCAAUAAAGUGAGAAAGAAGAAAAA